AUGCGCCGCAUCCGCGUCCUCUUCUGUUGCGAGCACUCCUUCCCCGCCGGCUUUGCCUGCACCCUCGCCGCGCUCACCUCGAGCGAACGUGAGUACGUAGACGUCGUUCGCGUCGACCGUGACGACGUUCAUAGAGAGAUUGCGGCGUGCGACGUUGCCGUCCCACUCAUGACUCGACUGGACGCUCAAAUGCUAAAAAUCGGCGCCGCCGGACGAUUACGGCUCGUCGUGCAGUUCGGCGUGGGUUUAGAGGGCGUGGACAUUCGUGCCGCCACGGCGUGCGGAGUCCGAGUGGCGCGAAUCCCGAGCGAACGCACAGGGAAUGCGUCGAGCACGGCGGAGAUGGCGGUGUUUCUGUUAUUAGCGGCGUUGCGAGAGACGAACGAGAUGCGUGCGUCAAUCGCGGGGAGUCGACUCGGCAAUCCGUGCGGGAGGAGCUUGGAAGAUUGUGAGGUGAUGAUAGUGGGGAUGGGGGCGAUCGGGGUGAAGAUCGCGGAGCGAUUAAGAGGAUUCGGCUGCUCGAUGACGGCCGCUCGCAAUCGAGCGUGGGACGCGAGCACUGUUCCGGACGGGAUCAACGACGGGUGCUCGAUCAGCGACGCAAAGAAGUUUGAUUUAUUAUUGGGGAAUGCCGAUGCGGUGGUUUUGGCGUGCACUCAAGACGCGUCGAAUAAGGGAAUGAUUGACGCAGCGUUUUUAGCGAAGAUGAAACCGAACGCCGCGCUGGUGAACAUCGCGAGAGGCGGUCUGUUCAACCGCGAUGAUAUCCUGAGCGCGUUGAAUUCGGGGCACUUGGGGUAUUUAGCAAGUGAUGUGGCGUGGUUGGAACCCGUCGAUCCUAGUGAUGAGUUGGUGAACCAUCAUCGUGCGUACUUUACGCCCCACGUUGGCGGCGUGACGCAGUCGAGCUAUCGCACCAUGGGAAGGAUCAUCGCGAACGUCGCCGUCGCGCUCAAUGAAGACGAUAUCGAUAGUCUCGCGGAUAUACAGAUUGUGAAUUAA